GCAUGAUCUCCCACCACAUACUAAGCAAUCCCUCAAAAAAUCAAUUCACAACGCUGCUAGUCUAGUACGCGUGGGGCAUUCGCAAUGCCAGCGUUUGGCCCUCGCGCGACAGUCUUGGACUCCUUUCUGACCGAGAUCGUCAGCUGUGUCCAGCGGAAAAAUGGCGGGGGCAUCACAGACUUGAUUCAACUGGACUUUGAUAGUCUGCCCCCAGACCGACAGAAGCCAUACGCGGACUUGAACCAAGAACUGAAUCGAUUGUAUCCGUCCAGCAAUGACGAAGGCCUCGUCACUCGGUGCAAAACGGUGGUUUCAUCGGAUGAAUUUGGUACAUUCAGUACACCCUUUUCAGACACUACCAUCCAUUAUUUUCGAUAUCUCAGAGACUUCACCACGGCCGACGAUCGACAAAAGGCCAUCAAGAUUCGACAGCUGACCAGUCAAUGUGUGACAGCCUUGGGCGACUCGAAAUAUGGAGUUAUUAUGAUCCCCAUCGUUUUGUCCUUUUCGCGUACUCUAGCCACCAUCGCGACUUACCUCGACCGGAACCAGUCACAUGCGGCGAAUGAUGGGAUCUCGACGACAUCCGUUCCUUCAGACAGCGCCCCUGGGAAGUUCAGCUUUGUCGAGGAUGCGGCCAACGUGCUUCGCGACGCCUUCAUCAAGUGUCUGGCAGGGAGCCCAGGAGUCCAACGGACGACUCGUCCAGGGCCCGACGACAAGCGCUUCGGCAUCUACUUGACCGCCAACUCGUGUUUAAAACUACUUACACAAUGUCGACGAUUGCGCAACGCCCAGCAGAUGUUCUCGAGCAUCGACGCCCAGUCACCCCCUCUGUCAUACUACCCGGCAGCCCAGCGGGUCACCUUUCUCUACUAUCUGGGUCGAUACCAUUUCGCCAACAACCAUUUCCAUCGAGCGCAGGCGGCCCUCCAAGCGGCUUAUGACGAUUGUCACCGCGAUGCAACAAAGCACCGGCGACUGAUUCUGGUUUACCUGAUUGCUGCAAAUCUCUGCCUUGGUCGUUUCCCCUCAUCGACACUGCUUGAACGACCAGAGGCGGCAGAGGUCGGCGCGCGGUUUCUGCCUCUAUGUAAGAUCAUUCAAUGUGGUGAUCUCGGCCGGUUUCAGCAGUACCUGGACCUUGGCAGUGAAUCAGGUCGCUGGUUUCUUCGACGGUCGAUACUCUUACAACUACAGAAUCGAUGUGAAAUAUUGGUUUGGAGAAGUCUGAUUCGAGCCACUUUUCGAGCUAGCGGUUUCCUAGGUGAGGAGAAGAAGAUCCCAUUCCUCAGAUUGCAUUAUGUGCAGCAUGCUGCCGCGUGGUCGGUGAGAAGACUACAGCCUGGAACGACAAGGAUGGGUCAAAUGCAACUGAUUGAUCCGGAAUUCGAGGGCGUGGAUGAAGCCAUCCGGGACACUGGAUUCGAUAUAGACUCUGGACAAUAUGACGAUGAAUACAUUGGACAGGAGUCGCAGUCGGUGCUGGAUGUCAACUCGGCAAAUUCCUGGCCUGCAAUGAGUGAGGUGGAGUCGGUGGUCUUGAGUCUCAUCCAACAGGGGCUUUUGAAGGGGUUUGCCUUACACACUAAUCCACGAUUUGCGAUUCCUGGCAGCCAAAAGGCGGGCGGACCUAUGAAGGCCGGGUUUCCCCAAGUCUGGCAGAUAAUCAGAGCGAACGCAUCAAAUGUGCCGGUUCCGGGGUGGGUCGAGGCGCAGAAUAUGUAACCAGAAGAAAUAUGCCAGGCCCUUCAUUUCGGGCUGACUGAUCCCGAAUUGAUCAA